AUGAUUCAUGGUCAACGGUCGCCACCGAGAGUGAUUAGUCAACUUAAAGAACGGUUUUCCAAACACAAGACGAUUUUAUCGUCUUUAUAUUUAUUAAUACCAAAAAUGUGUUUGAAAUCUCCAAUUUUAGAAUCAGAUUUUAGUAUAUAUUCAGAUUUUAUAAAUGUUAACACAUUACCUUCAGAACUAAAAUUGUGGAAAAGAAAAUGGAUUGCUUUCAAAGAUGUAGAUCGUCCACAUACAGCUGUAGAAGCACUAAAUUAUUGUAAUCCUGAACUUUUUCCAAAUAUUCAUUUUUUAUUAAAAGUACUAGCAACAUUGCCGGUUUCUACAGCAACUCCCGAACGAACUUUUUCGACAUUAAAACGCGUCAAGACAUUUUUACGGAACUCUACGGGACAAGAAAGACUAACUGGACUAGCUCUAUUAAGUGUCCAUAGAGAUGUUACGGUUAAUCCCGAUGAAGUGUUAAACCAGUUUGCUCUUCAAAAAGAUAGGAACAUAUUAUUAGUUUAA